UAUUUUGUGUCACUUUUUUAGAUUUUUUUUUUAAAUCAAAGUAUGUUAAUGAAGAUGCCGUUUUCAUAACUACUUAACACCCAGGGCUAUAUAUUUUUUAGUCGAGAAUGGCAAUCAGAAACCUACCUGUACAUACUUUCACAUUGAUACGGUCUCCUUUUAUGAGACUUGUGACUAACAAAAAGUCCUUUUUUGCUGUCCCGUUUGUUCCCUAGACAUAUUUUAUAUAUGUCAUGUUUCUAUUAUGUUAAUUUCAUGUGUUUUUUGUUUUUUUUUUUGGCUACAAUAAAUAUUAAUUGCUUAGUUUACGCUUUGUUCUACUGCGGCCGCCGAGCUUCUGGUUUGAAAUGUGGACCGGACGACCGAUGCCGAUGGUAUGGAUUCGCACGCAUGCGCACAAGGUACGUAGAAGUCGACAUCGCGGCGUACGUGAUCACCUUUCCGGCGGUACGUGCCGAUACCAAGCGAUAGCCGCUGAACGUGACCGACGUCGGGUUAGUGCAUAGAGGCCUGUAAAACGUCGCCGACGACAACCAGCACCAUAAACAUGCUGAAAGCUUGCUUACGUCCAACAUAGCAGCGACGUAAUUGACGGCUUGCUGCGCGACAGUUACGUAACGACGUAAUCAGUUUCGUAACUGACGGGUGCAUUCUUUAUCCACUGCGAAAAACGAUUAAUUGAAAGGUGAAAAACCUAUGCAAUCCCUGUUAUAAGUCAUAAUGCACAUAUGUAGAUGAUAAAAUGAAGUUUAUUGCACGUUGCUCUUGAGAAAUCUGAGGUUGUUCUUGUUUGUAAAAAGAUAGUUCAUUCAAUAUAAAUAUGUUCUCAAUGUACUUGCAUUGCCUUUCAUUGAUACAGUGCAACAUAGAUUUCACAUUUACACUUGACAUCCAAAUUAGGCUGUAUGAUGCCCCUGAAUUAUUUUGAAUUUUGACAUCCAUGCUCUAAAUUGACCAUACUGUGGGUGUGAAUGUAAGUGUGAAUGGUCAGCCGGCAUCGGCGCCAGCUCACCAGCAACCUCUGAAGACAAGCUAUGCAGAAAAUUGUGGAUGGGUAAUAAAUGGGUUUUGCAUGACAAAAUGGGGCGAGUGAUCAGGUUUGAAGAGGCCAGAAUGCCAUCCGAGGCCGAUGCUGCCCACUUUCCCCGUGGGGCCUCGUUUUUCCCAGCCAGCUACAAUGAUGACGGGCCCGAACAUGUACAAUGUACCGCAGCAGAUCAGACCGCCGGUGCACCUUAAUAGUCAUGCCGGUUUCCAUAAUCACAGUCAGCAGCAACUGCCGCAUCAAUGGCCUGUUCAAAACGUCCUCGGUCCGCAUCCUCAACAAAUGAUAAGGGCGCCAUCAGGCAUGAUGAUGACGCCCGGGGCCCCGCAGAUGGUACCUGUUGGUUUUAUGAAUGGAGAAAUUUUGUUUGAGCAGGUGCAUCCUUUAAUGUCUGCAGCUCCUCCGCAAAACCUCUUCACAACUAUUAACACAAGGAAGACUGAGCAUGUGCGGGAGCGACCCUACAUCAAGAAGCCGCCGAAUGCCUUUAUGUUGUUUGCAAACAAGUACAGAGAAGUAGUCACCAUGCAACUGGAAAAGAGAGACAGUGCAUCUGUUCAUGUGGCCCUCGGAAAAAUGUGGAAGUUGCUACCACAGGCGGACAGGGACAAAUACUACGAAGAAGCAGAUGCGCAGAAACGGCGGCACGCUCAGCUUUAUCCUCGUUGGUCCACCUGUGAAAACUAUGGGAAACGCAGGAAGCGGCGAAAGAGUAAAGUACAAACUGGUGUUUCAAAGGAUACACCAGAUCCUGAAGUUGCACAUACCAAUAGCAUGUGCCUUUCUACAGUCCAAAAGGACAUCAUGGCAUGUGAUGAAUUGGACUCCUCUUCCGAAACAAUGCAUUACAACUCGCAGCCCCCUUCCGCCCUCGAUUCAGAAGAGUCUGUGGAAGCACUGAUUGAAGAAAAGAAAUUCAUGCAGAUGCCGUGUGGCAAAAAUGAACUUUCAAUUGCUCCCGAUGGGCAACCUCAAGGAGAAACUCUUGAGAACGACCAUGCACUGAAUCUCCUGGAUUGCAUGCUUCUUUCCCCUGCUUCUCAGAUUGAGCUUCAGAGUGUCGAAGAUGGGUUCCAGUUGUUACUGGAGCAUUUUGAGCCUCAGGGCCUGCCGUUGCUUACCGAGGCUGAGGAGUAUACCAAGCCCCUGAGCAUAGGGGAAUCGCAGCAGCUCAUCAUCAAGGUGUUCGAAGGUCCUGCGCUGACGGGAAACAUAAAGGUAGAGACCCAGGUGGACCUGGCUGUGCAGGGUCACACAGUAACAGCCGGCCCCUCGAAGCCUCUCAACAAACCCAUCCAAUUAGCACUGGAGCAUCUUGACGCAAAGGAAGAGAUACAACCACGCCUCAUCGCACACUGUCAGACGUUGGUGGCAGAGACCAUAAAACAGGAGGCGCUCAAUCAGGUACCGCUGCGACUUCUUGAGGCACCUUCCUCCGUCGCACUCGGUGUUAAGGAAAAGACCCAAAUGACGACGUCCGUGCAGAGUCAGAAAACAAAACAAGUAUUCAAUCCCCUCACUGUUCAUCAUCACAAAUCAGAGUCCUCCAGACUACUGAGUCAAGACACGGAGAUCCAAGCGCCAUUGGUGGACUUUGAGACUUCCGUUAGGAGUCAGAGUCAGAAAUUAGGGUCCAUCCAGUCGCUAAGUAAGGAAAAGCUCUCUGGACCACUGCCUCAUGUUGAGACCCUGUCCGCUGCAUCACAUUCAAGAGGUGGUGACCUCCUCCAGUGUCUCAGUUUUGGUGAUGAGCUACAAUUCUAGUUUAGUGGUGUCCUCCAGAUGGUGGAUUCUAAACAUCUGUCCUGUUUUCUUUUGUGAUGAGACAUCAAGAAGCUCCUUUUUUUGGGGAGGGGGGCGGUCUUUUCCAGUUAAACCUCUCUUCCAAUAUCUGUAUCAACACAAUCCACAGAUUAAGCACAAGCAGGUCUGCAUACCGGUAUUCCUUUUAAAAUGACAUUUUAGAAGUUUUUUUCAUGGACACCAGCCGAGGCAGCGUGUUGGUUGUGCCAAAGUGAGAUGUACUUAACAGCUUAAGAAUCAUUGGCUCGGGGGUGAAAAUAAAUAUCAGUAUUGCGACGUAUUAUGGAUAUACCUUCCUGUACAGUAUACAAUAUGCCAGUAUCAAUUCUAUAGUGAUACUGUCACCUUCCGAUAUAAACCCAUUUUUAAUAUGUGAGACGACACAUGAAUGUCUAAUCGACACAAUUUGCUACUUGGAAUUUGCCAUAUUUUGAGCGCAAAGCUACUUUUUUGAAUAAAGCAAGUUAAAAUACAUUGGGAUAAGUAACGUCAUGUAUUGCGCGACGAAAAGGCCGGUUUUUGCUGAGAUUAAUUUUCAUGUCAAAAUCGAGCAUCUAACUCUGGAUUAGUUUGAUUUCUAUGUAAAUUGCUUCAUGUUCCUCAUGUAUACUUCUGCUUGGAAUUCAUGUAACCGUUUUAAAGCUUCUUGGAAUUCAUGUAACCGUUUUAAAGCAUAUACAUAUGGUGAUACAUUAUUACGGUAAUAUAAUGACAAAUAUGUAUUUUUGUAUCAAAUUAUCUAAUGUGUGCUUAUUGUGCAAACUGAUGGGACAAAAUAUCCACCCCAGGGAUGGCUCCAGGAUUUAUUUUUUCCCUCUCGGGGCUGAAAGAGGGCUGAGAAAAUAAUUUAGAAAUAUAUUUUAGAAUAUCAAAUAAAGUGCUGGUGGGUCUGAACUGGGCUGAACAGAUUUCUAUAAAGCCUUAGCCCCGGUAUAGUGCCACCCCUGAUCCAUCAGGGUCAACAAACACCUGAACCGCAAAACAGUUUCUUCCCUUCUAAUGGACUUCUCUAUAUUUCAUAAAUUGUCUGUAUGCAGUUUAUUUGACCUGCUGUAAUGUAACAAUGAAAAUGGAUUUACUAGUAGAAUCAACUUGUAUGUUUUGCUAUUUUUUGAGUUUAUAUUUGACCAGUUUUCUGUAAAUAUUUGUCUUGGUAUACUAUGUAUAUACUGUACACUCAUUUAUGUAACUCUGAAGAUGAACGGACAGGUGGAAUCAACCCUGAUGAAAUAAAAGUAAUUCUGAGAUGA